AAUGCUUUGCAUACCUGUUUCCAAAGAAAGCCAAUUGCACUGGACUGUAAUGUGAAGCUUGCUGAUUCUCCCGAUGAAUUUUGCUUCUUGCUUGUUAUGUCCAAGCGUUUAUGUGAUUAACAGUCAUCAUAUCGAAUAUGUGGUUGUAUGUUUAUUUUGUUCAUGUAGUUACUUGUGUGGGCGGCACAUUUUUAAAGUUGGCAUUGCUUGAGCCUGCCUUAUUUUUGUGUCAUUAAGGUCAUUGAUUUGUCUUAGUCCCAUACUUUGAAAUGAUUGUAGAAGAGUGAUAGUAAUAGGGGUCAGAAUUGACAUGUCAAAUUCUCUUCCCCUGAUAAGAGUGUUAUUUGGUAAUAAGGUGCCUGGUGCUGGUGGUCUAUAACAAAAGGUACAAAGAUCCAAAAUGACAUUUGUGGUGCCAAAUUCCAGGCACGUCACGUGCUCGGACCCAUGUCAUCAUGUAUUCAUGAUCAAUCGUAACACGACUAUGUCGAUGAUAUGCAUUUGUGUAGAUAAGAAAUCAUUCCUCUUCAUUUCGUAACUUGUUCCAAUCAAUUUUCUUAACUUAUGUGCUUUUGUAUUUUGCUUCCUAUAAGAAGAGAUAGACGUUCUUAUCACUUCUGCAAUCAAAUCUAAAGUCUUGCCAUAAUGAGUUGCUUCAACUACAGCUUCAUCUGCUUGCUCUGUGUAGCUUCUGCUUUCGCCGUAAUACAAGACGGGCUUCUAGUCCAUUCAGCUAGUGACAAGAAGCACCCCAGAGGACCAGUUGUUACUGUGAACAAGCAUCUAAUCUUCCCAGAUUUCAACCUCACCUACAAUCCCAGUAUCUUGAACGAUGUGAAGCUCUUAGGCAGUGCCAAGCUAGCAUCGAAAACCAGUGCCAUACAAAUCCCCGAUGAGUCUCAUGUCACUGAUCUCAGGUACCAGGCUGGCCGAGCUAUCUACUCUUCUUCAAUCAGACUUCUGGACCCUCGCACUGAAACCCCUGCCUCUUUCGAAACAACCUUCUCCUUCCAAUUCCAUAAUGCUUCUUCAUCUUCUGCUGAGCGAAUAGAAAUGACUCAAAGCGGUGGCUACGGUAAUGGUGGCAGUGGGCUAGCCUUCGUCAUCGUCCCGGAUGAGUUCACAGUUGGCAGACCUGGUGCUUGGCUUGCCGUGCUCAACGAUGCUUGCGAAGAUGACUACAAGGUCAUAGCAAUCGAGUUCGAUACACGUUUUAAUCCAGAGUUUGGAGACCCUAAUGAUAACCAUGUAGGGAUUAACUUGGGGACUAUUAUCUCAACUGAAACCAUCAACGCUUCUGAUGUUGGUGUGUUUCUCAAUGAUGGUUCAGUCCACCGAGCUUGGAUCAGCUACAAUGGCUCACGCCGUUGGAUGGAGAUUCGUUUGGGUUCAGACGACGGAAGCUACCCUUCAAAGCCAGUCUUCUCUGGUUCUCUUGACCUUUCGCCGUUUCUGAAUGAGUACAUGUUCGUUGGAUUUUCAGCUUCCACAGGCAAUCACACCCAAAUCCACAGCGUGCUAUCCUGGAACUUCACUUCGGUUAGUCAAGCAUUUCUUCGUGUACCUUCAAUGGAGACAUGUGAGAGCAAGAUUGUUGUCAAUGCAGACACUCGUGCUGAGCCUCCCGGAACUUUCUUGAUCUUCACAGCCGUGCUGGUACUUGCUAUAGCUGUUAUGGUUGGUCUUUAUUAUAACAGCAGGCGUAGAAGUGCAAAUUCGGAUACUGCUAGUGUUGUGUUGCCGGAGAAGAAUCAGAGACCGAGGCCUCCACACAAGCCUAGAAGCUUCACUGUCUCGGAGAUUUCCUUGGCCACUAGGUCUUUCGGGGAGUUGGAGAUUCUGGGAGGUGGAUCGAGUGGUGUGUGCUACCGAGGGAAGCUUCCAAAUGGUUGUCAAGUGGCUGUGAAGCGGUUCUCCCUUCAGUUUCUGAACUCGCAAGGGCAGGAUAGGAGGAGAUUACUGAAGGAAAUCAAGGGGAUUAGCCGAGUUAGACAUCCGAAUUUGGUUUCGAUUAGAGGAUGGUGUCAGGACAAGAAGGAGAUGAUGGUUGUCUAUGAGUUUUUCUCUAAUGGAAGCCUUGAUAAGUGGCUGUUCGGUGUUGGUGUUCUUCCAUGGACCCGGCGAUUCAAGGUUGUGAGAGAUGUGGCUGAAGCUCUCAGUUACUUGCACUCCAAACAAUUGGCGCACAAGAACUUGAAGACCACCAACGUCUUUCUUGAUGUUAGUUUCCGGGCAGUUCUAGGAGACUUUGGGUUUGUGCUAUGUGGAGCCGAGUCGAGAAAGUUUGAAUCGACGGUGAGUCAGAGCUCUGAUGUGUUUGAGUUCGGCCUCUUUGUGUUGGAAGUGGUGGGAGGGAGGAAGAGAUUGGAGGCAGAGUUGAGUGAAUUGGAGAUGAGGGACUUGCUGGACUUCACAUGGAGAAUGCAUGAAAUUGGGGAAAUGAGGAAGGUAGUGGAUAAGAGAAUGGGUGCAGUGAUCAAUUUGGAGCAAGCAAUUAGGGUUUUGGAGAUUGGAUUGCUUUGCACACUGAAUGUGAGCAAAGGGAGACCUAGUAUGGAGCAAGUUGUGGAGUUUCUUUGCAUGGAGAGACCUAUACCUGAGUUGCCACAGACUCGACCUGUUGCUUUGUUCCCUUACAACAGCACCAAUGCUCUUUGUACAGGUUAUUCUUGUGCUCCUUUCAAAUGAAGGAUGGUUUUGAACU